AUGCCUUCCCAUCAGCAGCAGCAGUGCGUGCCUCAAGCCCAGCAGCAGCAGGUGAAGCAGCCCUGUCAGCCACCUCCUACCCAAUGUCAAGAGGCAUGUGUUCCCAAAACCAAGGAUCCAUGUACUCCUCAGGCCAAGAAACAAUGCCCAGAGAAGAGCACUGCUAACCCAGCUCAGCACAAGUGUCCUUCUGCCCAGCAAGUUACUAAGUGUAAACAGAAGUAA